AUGGUCUUUGAGGAGCUUGAAGUGCACAAGUUUCUGUUUGGAGUUUCCAAUUCGCAGUCAGCUGAGAGUAAUGAAGAAGUACCUGAAAUGCUGGUCGACGAGUUCUUGAUUCAUAAUGGUGGCGAUGAUGUGAGGAGGAUGACGACCGUGAUGGUGUUGGAAAAGGAAGCGAUGUGGCCACCUAAUACUUCCAGAAUGGAAUCCAGAGAAGUCAACCCACCUGCCCCAGAAUCCAAGAAAGCUUAUCGACAAGAAAAACCAAUGUUGGAAACAGAAUCCGAUGCAUCAUCUGGCGAUGAAAAAAUUGUUGCUGGAAACGUUGGAUUAAAGAAAUCUCAAGAAAACGGGGGCUUCCAAGCGAUGCCCUCGAAUCUUUGGAAUUUCGGGUCAGCAACGAGAAAGGAAAAGGAAUGGAGGAGAACCUUGGCGUGCAAGCUCUACGAGGAGCGGCACGGCAACGGGUAUGGUACUGGAGAGGGGAUGGAUCGGUUGUGGGAGCAGUACGAGGACAAAUGGAACGAAGAGAUCAGCGAGACAAAGUCGGGGAAGGAAAGAAGACGGACAGGCAACUACGAGGACGGUGAUAAAGUUGGAGCGAGCGAAGAAUUGUGUUGCUUAGAUGCACUUAAGUUAUCAGCUGGGAAGGUGAAAAAUCUGGGAAUAGUGAGGCCUAAUUUGGUCAGGAUUUCCAGGGCCAUCAAAGGGAUUCGGAGGUUGCAUCCGGUUGCUACGCAUAGCAAGAAGAGCUGA